AUGACGUGGACGCUGCCAGAGAAACUCGGCGGACGCAGAGAGGGACACCUCCCUCUCUUGGAGGGGUCAUUGCAGACCAAAUCCUCGGGACCGUGGGCACAGCCGAAAUAUUCGUUCAGCAUUGAUGCCAUCCUAUCCACAGACCAUCGGUGCGCUCACCCCCAACAAAUAAUCGCCUCGCAUGUCCCGCUGUCCUCGCCGUAUGCCUACAUAUCUGCCAGAGCGCCGUACCAGCAACAACUCCUUCAGCCACAUCUCCAGCCAUUCCAUCACCACAGCUAUGAAACAGACAUAUAUGAUGGUAACACCGUUUACCCAAAUCAUUUGACAUGCCGUGGAUGUUUCGUGCGUAAAACAUGCAGACGGAUCCGCACAAUUUUCACUACAGAACAACUGACGAGACUGGAGGAGGUGUUUAGCAAGCAGCGCUAUAUGACCGGGACUGAGAAAAUGUUACUCGCUUCGGCCCUGCGCCUUACAGAGAUCCAGGUUAAAGUGUGGUUCCAGAACCGGAGAACGAAAUGGAGAAAGAGCAAAGAAGACCAAGCCCAACAUUCUCCGUGUUCGGUGGAGGAAGAGUUCAUCUCGGUCGACAGUGACGACUCCCUGUAGUUUAAAAGAACUUUAACAGUUGGUGUUAAGACACCGCAACAUCUUUGUCUUUAUUUUUAUUUCUGUUACGAAAACAUAUAUGUCCUAAAGCAGUGGUUAUCAAACUGCAGUGGUUAUCAAACUGUGGUACGGGUAGCCUACCAUUGGUGGUACGCAGACUCUUUCUAGUGGUAGCCUAUACUCUGGGACUCUCCGGGAUGGGUUUUUUUUCCAUAAAGAGGAAAUAACCAAUUCAAAUUAUAUAAAAUAUAUAGGCUAUAUAAUAAAAAAAUACUUAAUCACACAAUUACUGAAGUUAAAUUUAAACUAGUUGGGUCUUUCUUGAAAAGAAAUAGUAUGUGCAAUGUAAAAUGCGUAGUUAAAUUAUCCUGCGCUACUGUAUUUUAAUGACGGUCAUAAUGGUGGUACUUGGGAAGCCAAUUGUUUUCUGAGGUGAUACUCGUUGUGAAAAGUUUGAUAACCACUGACCUAAGGUAUUUCUUGUCAGACAAGACACAUUUGGAAGAUGGUACUACUGUGUGGUAUCCCAUGCCUCUUAA